AUGGAUGAUGCUAUGCGUCGUAGCAUCUUUGGUUCGUCUGACGAAUCAGAUGAACCAUCGCCAAAGCGAAGGCGUUCGAGGUCGCGAGACUCGGGCGCUCACAGUGGUGUCGGUUCUCCUAUUGACACCACUUCGCAACGAGGUGCCAGUAUUUCUGUCAGCACGUCGCAGGAAGAGCGGAACCGCAAUGUCUUGCGUCUCGCUCCCGAAAUGAAGGCAUGGCUGCCUCCAAAGUCAGUCAUGGAUAAAAACUUGUCGGCGACGACGAGUGAUCGUAAUCGAACACGAUUGUUCGGUUCAUCAAGGAUCCAUCACCUUGACCCCAGUGCGAAAGACUAUCACACUGAACAUGAUUUCUUCAUCCACGCUUUCUUUAGACAUCGAUGGUACAGUGGGAAUCACAAACGUGAUGGUCCCUCACUGCUUCAGGCGUGGAACGCCUACAUCCAUAACCUUGAGGAUGUAGGUCGUGACGCCUGGAACGACAAACUUAUCAAAGCUCGUGAUAAGUUUGAAAAGCGAGCCCCGACAGGUGCACGCUACAAGCUGCAUCGUCUGUCAAGGGAGAAAGGAUUACCCUGCCUCUCAUGGGGAGACUCGUGCCCGUGUUGUGUGAACAACUCUGCACGAGCACCUAAGGAGGCUUACCUCCUUACCAGCCCGUGGUGGCGCGUACGUAUCUCUACUGAGAUGUACGAAGGGAUUGACAACCUGAAAUCCCUUUACGACCGUGCCGGGAAGACUUUAUCCGGCGGUCCUUCUGCGGCACAGGAUGUGCCGCGUCGUACUGUUCAACCAGACCCAGUACGUCUAUCAUCAGUUGGGAGCGGGGCUCCCAAGUAUCCCAGGACGGGGGGGAUAACCGCGCCACCGGACGAGAUAACUCGUCCGACGUCCGUUCACGUCGCGGUGGUUCAACAGCUGCUCAACUAG